ACCGAAACGGCGGGGUUUCCGAGCCAAUUUCUGUGGAUUGUUUAUCUCGAGAAGUUUAUUCCAUUCCAUCUCCAUGAGACAUUUUCCAAUCUGGCCUUUAAUUUUUCCAAGUUACAAUGUUUCAUCACCCAAAAAAUAUUUUAAGGCAAAAUUCUAGCCUUUCAGAUUUUAUAUAUAGGUACUAAAUUGUUGUUUUCUAACAAUCUACCUAUCCUAAUAGAUUUUGAUUUAAACAGAUUGGGAUAAAUUGAAUUGAUGGAUUGGAUUAAGAUUAUCACCUAACUAAGUACACUUAGACCCAAUUAGAGGGACAAGUAGGUAGUCUCAAGGUAAGUGUUUUGAAAAUUGGUAUAGGAACAAGUUCCUCUGGGAUGCAUAAAGUGCACGUCAUUUGAAGGAAGGUCAAUGACGACACGUCCGUGUGAAGGCAUUUUCUCUAACCGUUCAUUCGUAAAAAGAUCCCAGAGUUAAGAUGCGUUGCAUCUCCUACAAUGAACUAGAUUCCUCGCGACAUAAUUGUCUGAGUAUCGAUUCCCAAAUUAUCAAAGUUGAGGUAUGCAAACGGUCCUUGAUAGUCUGUCAUAAACCAAUCGGCUCCAAUACCUCGAAUUGUCGGAAGAUAGUUUCCCAUGAAGACAUACAUAACUUGAACGCAUCAACAACACACUCCCAUCCCCUGUUUCACCUCCUUACAAGCCAAGCAAUCUACCCUUCUGCCCUCCUACAAUAACAAAUUCCAUCGCUCAGAACCAAUUAAGGACGCCGGUUCUGUGUAUAAUUAAUUAAUUAUGCCUUCUGACCACAUGAUUUGCUGUAUAGAAGAGAAGUAUUCCAACACGUAAUAAUGUUUCCCAAACUUUCCCCACGCAUAUAAUAACAUCAUCACCAUCCCCUGAAUCUCCAUUAUUCUCCAAAACACCAAAAAAAUGUCAUCCACCUUGAGACCAAGAUCCACAUCCUCCUCCUCCUCCGCCAACAAGCAACGGCAGCAAGAUGAACCCACAACCGCCGCUCUGAUCCCGCCGGAACCCACGGCCGGACAGCAGCAACAAACACUUUCCCAAAGAGCCAUCUCCCAGACCCUAACCACGACGGCAAACCUCGCCAACCUCCUCCCCACGGGAACCCUCCUCGCGUUCCAGCUCCUCACCCCGACCUUCACCAACGGCGCCUCCUGCGACGCCGCCACGCGUCCCCUGACCCUCCUCCUCCUCGCCCUCCUCGCCGCCUCCUGCUUCCUCGCCUCCUUCACCGACUCCGUCGCCGUCGAGGCAGGGGAAGAGCAGAGGAAGAAGGCCGUGUACUACGGGCUCGCCACGUGGGAAGGGAUUUUCCUGUUCGACUGCCCCGACCCGGUGGGUUGCGGGCUGACCGAGGGGGUGAUGGCCCGGUACCGGAUCCGGUUCGUCGACUGGGUCCACGCGGUUCUGUCCGGUUUGGUCUUCGUCUCGGUGGCGAUGCGGGAUCGGAACGUGGUGGGGUGUUUGUACCCGGUUCCCGGGGAUGAGGUGAGGGAGGUUCUGGGUAUUGUUCCGGUUGGGAUCGGGGUGAUCUGUAGCUUGUUGUUCGUCGUUUUCCCCACGCGGCGGCAUGGGAUUGGCUACCCCGUCACCGCCGCCGCGGCGGCGUCUCUCAGCUGAGAUGGGUGGCCGGAGUAUUUUAUAAUGCAUUAACUGAAUUCUACUGAUUGCUUGUAUUAACUGAAUACAUUAUAUUGAAUCUCAAUGGCCAAACGAACCCAUUCUUAAGUUGAUUGAAUUUUUAGUUCCAAGUUAGAUGGUGGUUGGGUGACUUGCAGAGAUUGGUGUUCAUUUGGUUCAUUAAAAGAGAAAAUGAAAAGAAUGCUGAACUUGCAAGAAGGUUCCUUCGGGUAAUUAUAUGCAUCUUCAUGAUAGUUUGGAUAAGGUUAUUUAGGUGAGUUAUUUCAGACCAAAAUAAUUUACAAUGAGUUAUUUAGACCGAAAUAACUUGUUUAGUUUCACAAAAGUGGAUCGAGUUAUUUGUAUUCCGAGUUAAUUAUAAUUUAACGAGCAUCAUGCAGUAUCUGAAAUACCACCACCCUAUGUUAUUUAUAAAUAACGAGUUCCAGCCGUACUCAAUUACUUUUUCGUCCAUGACUUUUGCUCAUCCUCUUUCCUCCAGUCGAUUCAUGCAUACUGGUCAAACGUAGAAAAGAUUAGUUGCCGGUGGAUUGAAACCAAGAAGAUGGCCUGAGAUUGAUUGGUUCUCGUUUUCUGUAUGGGUUGGCAACAUUGGUAAAUUAGCAAGAAUAAAAUGACAGAUUGGCGAGCUUCGUCAAAUUGAGGACGCGUUGUAAGGAUAAUAGUAUUUCAUUCUCUUUUACUAUGACAAGUUAAUAAAUAUAACUCUUUACCAUAUUUUUAACUUUUGCAAAGAUACUCUUUUGUCAAAAUUUCUGUCAAAUAAUCAUUAAGAGCACUGAGAAAUAACUAAUUUAUCCUCACUCAACAUAUAAUUAUUUUCAAAAACCAAAAACAAAAAUAAGAGUUAUUUAAUUAUUCUUCUUCCUUUUCUCCUUCAUGAUUGAGAAUAAACACCGCUCUGGCAGAAUCAACCUCUCCUCCGUCAUUGGAGUAAGGUCGAGUGUCCCUGUGGGCUUUAUGUUGCGGUAGAUAAAUGAUGUUCAUCAGUAACUUUUGUGUUUUUUUAUUACUUCAAGCACGCACAAUUGCGAUGGAGACCAUGCCUAAUGGAGGAGGUUUCUUGAUGGUUGCGUAGAGUUGAGAGAUUUUGGAGAAAUUGGAAAAAAUGAAAAUAGAUAAAUUCUGAAAAUUUAACAUACAAACAAUUUUAAUUUAGUAAAUAACAAGGGAGUGCAAAUUACAUAUUUCCCUUCGUACUAACGGUGAUUUAAGAGAGAAUUUCUUGAAAGGGUAGAGUUUUAUUUUUUUCAUAAUUGACGGGCAUGAAAGUGAAAAAAAAAUGAUACAAGGGUACAUUUGUUGAGUAAAAAAUGAAAUUAACCCUAAUAUGUAUUCAUUAAUGGGUCACCCUUAUUCAAAGGCCCAAAGUAGCAUAAAUUGGAAUAUGGGCUCGGAUCUUGCUAUCUCCUAGGUGGGUUGCCCCUUAUUCCUUGAGACGAAGUCCACGAGCAAACCCACCAACUCGAAAUCCGUUCUGUUUUCAUUACGGAAGAGAGAGAAAGGACGAGAGCGAAAAAUCCUCUCAGUGCGAUCAUUACUGAGUAGAGGAAGAGAGAGAAAACGCGAGAGCGAGAGAUCGGAAGAACGACGAAGAGAACAACGGUUCUGCGUGAAUGGGAUGGAACAGAAUCAGUAGCAAGCCCCAACAGCAGCGGCUCAGCCUCCUCCGUCGUUUUCCUGCAACUGCAACGAUUGCGGAAGAAGAUUUCAGAACCUCAAUGGCGUGCAGGCGCACAUCAAGGAUUUUCCUUUAACCUCAAGGAGGGCUGUGGCAGGUGUGAUUAGGGUUCGAGACCCGCAGACAGCUUGAGAACCACAAGAAAGAGACUCGUCAUUAGGGUGAGGCUGGUACUAGCUAGGGUUCAUUUUUUUUUUGCCUGGGUUGAGUUUAAUCUUCUCGUUGAUUUUUGUUCUUCUGUCUUCUUCGUCUGGUUCAGAUGGAUGCAGCCUUUCCUUUCAUCGACUCUCUAGCCUCACCCUAACGAUAAACAAGUGUUUGGCUUGUGGUUUUGCAGCUGCUUGCGGGUCUUGAAAUAUGAGUCACAUAUGACACAACCCUCCUUGAGUUUAAAGUGGAUAGUCUUGAUGUGCGCAUCAACGACAUUAAGAGUAGUAAACCUUUUGCCAAAAUCGUUGCAGAAAAUAACUUAUGGAGGACAAAUCGUUGUUGCUGAGGCUUGCUGCUCAUUGUUUUGUUCCAUCCUAUCAAUAAGAACCAUUCUGAUCUUCCUUCUUCUUUUUUUUUUUUUUUUGCAUUCCGAGACAUGACGGUAAAGAUUUCUAGUAGUAAAAAGACACAACAGAUUUCUUUCCCUUGAUCUCUCGCUCUCGCCUUUUAUCUCUCUUCAUCUUCUUUGUUUUGACUUUUGAUUGCACUCAGACGCAUCAGUAAGAAUUUUCGUUAGUAUAAGACGCACACGAUUUCGGGUGGGGGCUUUGGGUUUGCUUGUGGGCUCCCAAUUAAUAGGGGCCGACCCACCUAAGAGAUAGAAAAUCUCAGGCCAUAUUUCGAUUUAUACUCCAAUAGGUACUUUGGGUCUUAAAGUCCCUUCUAAUCUUACGAAUACAAAUUAUCAUAUGCAAAAAUGAAUUUUGAUAGGAUCCUAAGAGAAUUUGAGUCUAAAUCUAUAGAUUCUAAAUAAUCAAAAUUUUGAACUUUUUGGAUCUUUUAUAAAGAUUUUAAAAUAUU